AUAGGGCAGAGUUCGGACUACGGAAGCUCGCCAGUGACCUUGUUGGGUUAGCAGAUACGAGCUCCAACAGAACCAACAUGACCAUGCCUACCUUAUCAAGCGCUGGAUUCAGGAUAUCGAAAGACCAGCUGAUCGUGGCUGUGCCCGUGGCGGUGGUGGCGGCCGCGGGCGGCUUCCUCCUCAGCAGCUACCUGAGCGGGCGCAGCUGCAAGAAGGGCCGUGUCAACACCUGCAUCAGCAAGGACAGCCCCAAGGUGGUGCACAGCUGUGACAUGGAGGACAUCGGCACCAAGGCUGUCUACUGCCGCUGCUGGAAGUCCAAGAAGUUCCCGUACUGCGACGGGGCCCACGCCAAACACAACGAGGAGACCGGGGACAACGUGGGACCGCUCAUCAUCAAGAAGAGAGACGCCUGAACCGUCCUGCCCCCGGGGGGGGGGGGGGGACCCCCCCCGGCCUUCAUAACCAACGCUGCAAUGACAACCAUUACGCUGACAGUCAAUCGAGAGCUACCUGUGUGUUUUAAUCAACCUCGGCAUUGACCUGAUUUCUGAUUGUCAACCCGGGAUGAGUGCUAAUAUUCGAAUCAUCCGUCCGAAUCAGGGGAGACGUUACGACGCGUGGGGGGGGGGGCUCUCUUCUGCUGUCCCGGAUUAAUUUGGGCGAUCAAAAGGGUUGGGUGUAAAGACACCAGGUGUCUUCUGUUGACCUGUUCUCUGAGGAUGAUGGUGGUGUCAUUGAUGCUUCGUCAUCGCUCUGUGUCGCUGGCGCUUUCUCUCAUUCCCAUAUCCAUCACCACUCGGCUCAAUCUUGUUUUCACGCUGAAACUUUUCAUAACUACAGCUGCACUUCAUGGUCUGAAUGAAAAAAUAAAUGUGAAUGUUUUCUUGAAUUUAUUCGUAUUAAUUUAUUUUCUGCUUUUGCCUAUCUGCUGCUCGGUCACUGAGGAGUCUCGUAAAUUCUAGUAUAGUGUCUAGUAUACAGUAAUGCGCACUGAUCAAAUCUGACAAUGAGAAGCGACGAUGUACUGCUGGUAAAUCUUGAUUCGGUUUUCUAUGUUGUAUCCGUUGGGUCAGACUGGGGCAAAAAGGCCUUCAAAAUAAUAUAUUUUGCUCAAGUCAUUUUCCAUUGAUGCUGGUUCUGAUUUUGCUGAUUAGUUGUUUGUGAUCUAUAAAAUAUUGUGAAUAAAAAAUCGAAGUGAUCGGAUCUCUAGGUCAUACUUUCUUUUAUGUGUA